AUGGAAGGCGUAAAUGCUGAAAUCAUGCAAUCUGGUUUGCAACGAUUGUGGGCCAAGCGUCAGGGUACGAUCUUAGGUCACAUGCAUGAAAUUCGGGAUGAGAUAUUGGACCAGGGUCAAUGUGCAUCAUCAUUUGAUAACCAGCCUACUGAUGGAGAAUUACUUGGGGAUAGAGUGAAACCCAGAGAUGAAGCUCGUUACUUGGAAAAAGUCACUGGUAUUGCUGUGGCUUCCAAACUACCACGUGGAUCAGCAAAGCUUAUAAAGAUAUCAGAUGCCUCUAUUGGUUUUAUACCAUGUCGAGGUUACACCUUAAUACCUGGUGUAGAUGAUAAACAACGGCAAUUGGUGUUAAAUGGAUGUAGUAUUGGCGAUGCACCCACUAUGUACACAAUGACAGGCUUAGAACCAUACGAAUUGCCUGUGAUUGGUACUUAUGUUGACCCAAGAAUCAUGCCUGGUUUUCAUUAUAAAGUUCGCCCAACAGGGCAUAAGAAUUAUUUGUUUGAAGGCAAUGCAUUACAAUUGGUCAACAUUGGAAUGGGAUAUGGAAAACGUAUGACAUUUAAACCUGACAGCCAUAGACUCAACAAUAACACCAACUUUUUCUGGAGUGAUUCGUAUCCAGAGGGUUAUGGGUUUGAACCUCAAGCUGUAUUUUGUGGCAUGAAGUUUGAUGUCAUGGAUGACACUCAGCGUAUUGGUGAAGCCACAGUGUUCCGCAGUGAUAAUCCUCAAAUUGAGGAUCAACAAUGUAUUGUAAAAAGCACAAAUGGAGUAACAGUGACAAAGUACAUCCAUGUGGAUGUUACAUGUCAAGUGAUGUUGAAAAGUGAUAAAUCUGACAAUGAGUCUCAUUCUGUUCGUGUUUCUGGUACUGCAGUUGUAGUCAAAUACUCUAAGCAAAAUGAAGCUAAAUUGUUGUAUAUCGAUAAUGUGGGUCUUAGCUCUAAGCUUAACUUGGUGUUUAUGAAUCAAAAGUCUCAUAUUAUUUUUCAAGCUAAAUAA